GCACCUGUCUGGAUGUGCCUCGCGGUUGCGCUCCGGGGCGCUUGGGUACCUGCGGCCGUCUCACCUGCGUGCCGGGUCGGAUUUGAGUCAGGGGGAGGUCGGCACGACGCAGCCAUGUCCCUGCCCAAAGAUCCCAAAGGAUCCUUGGAAAAGCGAAAAGUUGGACCAAAGAAGAAAAGGCCACCCAUAUUAAGGAUGCCGCCGGUUAAUAAACAAACAGCUGUCCCUGCAACACCUCCAAGGAACUUGGAUUCCAGGACUUUCAUCACCAUUGGAGAAAAGAACUUCGAAGUUGAGGCCGAUGACUUGGUGAGCAUCUCUGAACUGGGCAGAGGCGCUUACGGGGUGGUGGAGAAAGUGCAUCACGCGAAGAGCGACACGAUCAUGGCUGUGAAGAGGAUCCGAGCCACUGUGAAUACUCAGGAGCAGAAGAGGUUGGUGAUGGACCUGGAUGUCUCCAUGAGGACAGUGGAUUGCUUCUACACCGUCACUUUCUACGGAGCCCUUUUCAGAGAGGGCGAUGUGUGGAUCUGCAUGGAAUUGAUGGACACGUCUCUGGAUAAAUUCUAUAAGAAGGUUCUGGAGAAGAAGAAGAACAUUCCUGAAGAUAUUCUAGGAAAAAUAGCCGUGUCUAUUGUGCGAGCACUGGAACAUCUCCACAGUAAAUUGUCGGUGAUUCACAGAGAUGUGAAGCCGUCCAAUGUCUUGAUCAACAAACAGGGACACGUGAAAAUGUGCGAUUUUGGGAUCAGCGGUUACCUGGUGGAUUCGGUGGCUAAAACAUUGGAUGCCGGCUGCAAACCUUACAUGGCUCCAGAAAGGAUUAAUCCAGAGCUAAACCAGAAAGGGUAUAAUGUGAAAUCAGACGUCUGGAGCCUUGGGAUCACUUUGAUCGAGAUGGCCAUUCUCCGUUUCCCCUACGACUCCUGGGGGACCCCCUUCCAGCAACUUAAGCAGGUGGUGGAAGAGCCAUCACCCCAGCUCCCAGCCGAUCGUUUCUCCAAAGACUUUGUUGACUUCACUGCCCAGUGUCUGAGGAAGAAUCCUGUUGAACGAAUGAGCUACUUGGAGAUGAUGGAUCACCCCUUCUUCACUCUCCACGACACCAAAGUGACCGAGAUGGCUUCCUUCGUCACGGAAAUCCUUGGGGAAGACUCUUAAAUUUUUCCUGCCCUCCCCCCUCCCUCCCUCCCCCUCCCGACCUCGCCGUCGUGCCAAAUAAACUGGAGUAGCAUCGCCUUCCUUUUCCUCCCAGUGGGAAGAAGCAAAGACGGUUGGAAAACUUCUUCGCAUUACCGGCGGUUUGCACAAAAAAAACAGAUCGAAUGUCUUUUGUCGGCCACCUCCCUCAGCCCCAUUUAAUCCCACCUUCAUGUCUUCGAAAGAGAGAGAGAGACUGGUGGCUGGUGUAGCCUCACCCUGCGUGAAGAAAUCUUAGUUUCGGAGCACCGUUUGCGGAGGGGACGGGAUGGGAACCUGAGGUCGGUGCCUUGAAAUUCUUCACUGCCCUUUUCUAGCCGCCGAGGUUGAAUUUUUGCGUGUUCCCCUCAGUAAAUUCCUCCCCUUGCCUCCCCCCCCCCCAAAAAAGCAACUGUGGACAUUCAGAAAUUUUCUAGACUUAAUGCAAAACUGCAACACCCUCCGUCCUUUUCAAGAGCUACCGGCGGAUGCCGCUGCUAAAAGGAGAAGUUUGUGUUGGCUUUUUAACGCUUGGCAAUUUCAGAAAAGAAAAAAAAUCUCUUUCUGUAGAAAAUCGAGAAGGUUUUAGUCGUUUCUGGGAGUAGGUGUUCUAUUUUUAGCAAUUCUCUCUUUCUCUCCUUUUUUUAAAAACUCCUUGGCAGUAUUCCUCGAGACGCCCAGAAUUCUUCAGAAACAUGCUGGCGGGGGGAAUUCUGGGAGAUGAAGUCCACAGAUCGUAAAGUUGAAAAGCUGUUCUGGAGGAACAAUUCCCCUUCUUCCUCUCCCCCACCCUCCCAAAAAAGCACCCUGCUGGAAUGAUUUUACAGCCCAAUUUCGUGGCCUCUCGUGCUGGAUUGCAAAGCUCCUACCCACCCCAGCCUUCCAAUGUUUCCUUCAACAAAUUCAUAUACCAAGAUGAUAUUUGCUAGUUUGGGUAUUAGCAGCCCGAAGAUUACACAUCUUCUCAAACUUCGUUGGGCUUUUCAACGUCACGGAUGUUUUGAUAUACGUUUCACCAUUAAAAGAGAUGCACUGAGCCCCCAAUCCCAAAAUAUUCAGCUAUUGUGGAGGGGUCUCGUCUUUGGAGACAUCGCUGGAGGUCGAAAAUGGUUAAUUAAAAAAAUUUAAUGGCCCCUAUUGGGUUUCAAGAGAUGGAUUUAGGUGGAUCACAUGAACCAAAGUGAAAUUGGGAAGCAUUGUUGAUCUGGUGGGCUAAUUCCUCCUUUCUCUCAACUCUCAUCAUCCUUUCCUGGACUGUUGGAACUAGGAAGUUCACCUACAAGUUGGAGGAUCUACCUUACCUUGAAGAAGUCCAGUCUUCCCCAUCACUCCUUCACUCCAAGACGGGUCCACCAGAAACCCUUCCACAAAACUUACCUCCAUCUACCCAGGUUUUACACACUUUUGUUCUUUAGUGCCAAUGGUGCAGUUUAGUCUGCUGUGCGAACCCAACCGUGAAUGAAUUGUCCAUGAUUGCGUUCGCCAAGUCCAAGCACUCGCCAUCGCAUUGAAGCUGAUGAGAUUCCGGCCAAGAUAUCCAUCAUGGUUUAGGAGCUCCCAAGACUUGGGUUCACACUCAUGCACCACAUCUUGGCUUGUUCGUGGAGUUAGCCAUGCUAGAACCAUGGAGGUUAGGUGAUGGCUUUUUUCCCCUUCCUGAUGGAGAACAUCUGGAUUGAAGUGGAGACGCUUAGCCUGUGAAGGGUGUGCUUCCUGCACUGAGCCCAUUUCUGAUUGAUAUCUAUAUCUUACUUCUGCAGGGGGAAAAAAAAACCUUAGGAACAUGGGUGUGCGAAUGAUUCUUAAAUGGGGAACAAAUUAAAUAUUUUUCCUUGCCUCACCUCCAAAGAACUCUGGAGAAUUCUUCCCUUUUGACAGAUUUGCUUCUAGGAAAAUGUUCUCUUCCCUCCCCUUACCCAAAAAGAAAUAUUACCAGUGGCUUAAUUCAUACUUCUUGUUUUUCAAUAAAUUCUCCCUCCUGCUUUCCCCCCCAAAAGUAAAUUAUCUUUUAAGCCUGCGUGUAUGUUUGUGUGAAUGAUGAGUAGAUGCAGAAUAGGCUAGCGGGUGAAAUUUGCAGGAGAAUGUUAAAAACACAAAGAAAAGGGGAAGUCCAUUUUAAGGACACUGGAAAGGAUUGUAUGUCAGGAGUGUGAGUCAGAUGCUAAAGAACAAAUUUACCUAUUUAUUUUAUCCGUCCGGUCUGAAGUAAUAUCCUUAGCCAUCUCAAGCUAGGAAUGAGUUGCUAGUCCCUGUUGAUCCCUUAAAAUAGCUCAGCCUUGGCGAUGCAACAGAUUGAACUUGAACUCUCCUUCUGCAAAGGUGAUUUUAAAAAUAAGUUUCCCAACUUAUUGUCAGCUUUGAAAAACCCUGGUGAUCUAUCCACCCAGAUAUUAACCAAAUCCAAACAAUAUAAUAUUUUCCAUGAUUAGCUGUGGAUCACAGCUGUCCACCCUACUGUAAGGGUUUUUUAAAAUCUAGGCUAAUUUAAAUUGCUCCCUAGAAAUUUAUUCAGACCUGGGGCCUCUUCCAAGCAAUGUUUUCCGUUGAGCUGUCCUAACAGGUCUAAGUUGCUGAUCAAACAUCUGUUCGUAAUUUGAAGGCCACCAGUGUCCUUGACCUCUUUAGAUGAGGUGGGUGGCAAAGAAAUACAUUUCCCUUCCAGAUGUUUGACCUUCCCUUCUGAGAGUUGCCACUGCCUUAAGUUACCUAUAAAUAAAAGCAGAAUUAAAAAAAUAAAUAAAUUGCAGAUCAUGAAUGAUUCGGGGAGACUAUUCCGUCCAUUCCCUUUGUAAGUUAAAGUGUUCCACUUUUGGGUUUUGACUUGAUCUUAUGCGAUUUGGGGGAGGGGGUUUUCAGGCCUGGUCAGAGACCUGAUGUGACUCCCCCCCCCAAAAGCCCCCACCUCUGUAUUGCCAUCGCUUGAACUGAUGAAUGUCACCUGCAGCUUCCGAAAUUGAGAUACCCCCGUGAUGUUUUUUUCCAACCACCUCUUCUAGUUUGUGUUUCCUGCUCGCUCUCUUUUUUUUAACCUCUGCACUUUUCGGAAACAAACGUAGAAAAGGUUUCCUGCCUUUUUUUCUUUCUUUUGAAUCCGUUUCUCAACCUGGACCCCUUGAAGGUGCUGACUGCUACAACUCCCAGAAUUCCCCAAGCAAGCACGGCUGAUGGAAUUCUGGGGGUUGAAGUCCAGGCAUCUUCAAGAUUCUGAAUUGGAGCCACACCGGUCUAAUCAGAUGGCUUUGGGUAGUUUUUGAUGCUUCUGCUGGGUAUCUGUAAUAUUUUUUAUUUCUUACUGGUUUGGGAUUAGCAAGAGGGUGUACGGCCAUCGCUCCCGGAGCCUCUCCAGUUCCUUCUCGUGUUUCGAUGUUUUCUUUCUUCAAAUGCAUGCCUUUGGAUUUGACAGGGUUUGUUUUUCUUCUUUCUCUUCUCCAUCUUGCAAAAAAAAAAGGUUUGAUUUGGAACCCAGCAAAUGAAAUGACCACAGAGCCUUUGUGGACCACGAGCUGGGUCUCCCUGGGGCAAAAGUGACCAGCUUUCCAGGCUGAUCUUGGUUUGAAGAAAGCUUGAGAGCACAUGAGCCCCAAACUCUCCUUCCAUUUUGUUUUUCCUUUCACCACCUCCUCCCUUCCCCCUCAAGUUUCCUGCGGAAAUGGAAGACUAUUUAUAUCUAGACAAGGAACUCUGGGUGCUUUUAUGAUUUGAAAGAUUCUCUAAUAACUAGUUUGGUUGUUGGUUUUCAAUAAAAGACGCUCCCAAUCUA